AUGGCGACCGCAGCAGCCCCCGAGUCUUCACUCCUCUCCCUCCUCUACCGUUCGUACCCGGCCGCCAUCUCGCCAGAUGCCACCGAGCUCGACUAUGUUCACGCCUCGCCCAAGAUCUUCCCUGAGGUGAACUUUGGCGAGGCUGAGAACGCCGAUAUCAAGCAGUGGUUGUCCACCGUUUCGGGUCUCUCGACUGCCAUUUCCAAGGACGAUCAGUCCGUCUAUGAGAGCAUUCUUGCCCAGCUGAAUACCCACCUCGCUUCGCGCACUACUUUGCUCGGUGCGAAGCCUUCGGUCGCCGAUGUUGCCGUCUACGCUCUGCUCGCCCCCAUUGUCGAGAAAUGGUCGCCCGAAGAGCGCACCGGUGAGAAGGGAUACCACCACAUCGUGCGCCAUGUCGAUUUUGUUCAAAACUCAAAUGUCUUCGCCCUGCAGAUCCCCGACGAGGAGAAGGUGAACAUUGACGUCAACGACGUCAAGUUCGUGCCCAAGCCCAACCCCGAGGCUGCUGCUGCCACCGAAAAGCCUCUUGUCGUUGGCCAGGGCAAGCCCGAGCAGAAGGAGGGUGCUAAUGCCGCCCCCGCCGGUGCUAAGACCGAGAAGAAGGAAAAGAAGGAGAAGAAGCCCAAGGCUCCCAAGCCUGCGCCUGCUCCCGCUGCUCCCCCGUCCCCCUCCCUUAUCGACCUCCGUGUCGGCCACAUCCUGCGCGCUGUUAACCACCCCAAUGCCGACUCUCUCUACGUCUCCACCAUUGACUGCGGUGACGCUCCCGGCAGCGACAACACCUCCCUGGACGAGGAGACCGGAAAGACGGUCCGCACCGUGUGCUCCGGUCUGAACGGCUUGGUUCCUCUCGCCGAGAUGCAAGGGCGCAAGAUUGUUGCCGUCUGCAACCUGAAGCCAGUCACCAUGCGCGGCAUCAAGUCCGCCGCCAUGGUUCUGGCCGCAUCCCCCAAGAACGACGAGUCGCACGCCGGCCCCGUCGAGCUUGUCAACCCUCCCGCUGACGCCCCGGCUGGUGAGCGUAUCUUUUUCCAGGGCUGGUCUGAGGGUGAGCCCGAGAAGCAGCUCAACCCGAAGAAGAAGGUUUGGGAGACCUUCCAGCCUGGUUUCACCACUACCCAGGACCUCGAGGUUGCCUUUGACAGCAGUGCCGUCCCCGUUGCUAAGGAGCAGGAGGGCAAGCCCGCCCUUGGCAAGCUGGUCACUGCUUCUGGAAUUGUGUGUACCGUCAAGUCCCUGAAGGAUGCUACUGUGCGGUAA